AGGCGCCCGGGGCUCUCAGCGCUGCUCUCCCCAGGCCCAGCAGGACGCCAGAGCGGAGCCCAGGCGGGCAGGACCCGCGGAGAGCGGACAGAGACCAGCAGCAAAGGAACCGCGCCGGAUUCACGCCAGGUGCUGCCUUCUCUCCUGAGGCGAGGCUCCCAAGAACGGUUCGGCCGCACUAUAUUUGGAGUGUAAGUCGUUGCCUGAGGGAGCCUGAGCCAUGGCUUGGAAUGAAUUCAGUGUCCUCAGCUGGCUCAGGGAGAGUCGGCAGUCCCGAAAACUAAUUCUGCUUAUUGUUUUCAUUGCAUUACUCCUGGACAACAUGCUGCUUACUGUAGUGGUGCCAAUAAUUCCAAGUUACCUGUACAGCAUUAAACACCAGAAAAACGAAACAGAAAUCCAAACUACGAGACCUGAGAUAGCUGCUUCACCUAUGGCCAGUUUUCAAAGCAUCUUCUCCUAUUAUGACAACUCCACAAUGGAUACUGGAAGUCAGUCUGACAGGACAAGAUCAAGAGAUUUGUAUCAUACUCAGACAGAGCAAAUGGUGGUAAAUGUGACUAAUGUACCAUCUGAUUGCCCCACGGAAGACAAAGACUUGCUAAAUGAAAAUGUCCAAGUUGGUUUAUUGUUUGCUUCUAAAGCUACUGUGCAGCUAAUCACAAACCCUUUCAUAGGACCAAUGACAAACAGAAUAGGCUACCAAAUUCCAAUGUUUGCUGGCUUCUGCAUCAUGUUUCUGUCAACAAUUAUGUUUGCCUUCUCGGGAAGUUAUACAUUGCUGUUCAUAGCAAGAUCUCUUCAAGGAGUGGGUUCCUCCUGUUCUUCUGUGGCUGGGAUGGGUAUGCUGGCCAGUGUUUAUACAAAUGAUGAAGAGAGAGGCAAUGCAAUGGGAAUUGCAUUAGGAGGACUGGCUAUGGGAGUAUUAGUGGGUCCACCUUUUGGGAGUGUGAUGUAUGAGUUUGUGGGAAAGACAGCACCUUUCCUUGUGUUGGCAGCAUUAGCUCUGUUAGAUGGAGCUGUUCAGUUAAUUAUUCUACAACCAUCCAGAGCACAACCAGAAACUCAAAAAGGGACACCAUUACUGACCCUCUUGAGAGAUCCAUAUAUCAUUAUUGCUGCAGGAUCAAUCUGCUUUGCAAACAUGGCUAUUGCUAUGCUGGAACCAGCAUUGCCUAUCUGGAUGAUGGAGACCAUGUGUUCAAGAAAAUGGCAACUUGGCAUCGCUUUCCUUCCAGCUAGUAUCUCUUAUCUUAUUGGAACUAAUAUUUUUGGGGUACUUGCACACAAAAUGGGAAGGUGGCUUUGUGCUCUACUUGGGAUGAUAAUCGUGGGAAUAAGCAUUUUAUGUGUACCAUUUGCCAAAAACAUAUACGGGCUCAUAGCACCAAAUUUUGGGGUCGGGUUUGCCAUUGGAAUGGUGGAUUCCUCAAUGAUGCCAAUUAUGGGCUACCUUGUAGAUCUGCGUCAUGUUUCAGUCUAUGGCAGUGUGUAUGCAAUAGCUGAUGUUGCCUUCUGCAUGGGGUUUGCAUUAGGUCCCUCUGCUGGUGGUGCCAUUGCAAAGGCGAUUGGAUUUCCAUGGCUCAUGACAAUUAUAGGGAUUGUGGAUAUUCUCUUUGCUCCUCUAUGUUUUUUCCUUCGAAGUCCACCUGCCAAGGAAGAAAAAAUGGCAAUACUCAUGGAUCAUAACUGUCCCCUUAAAACAAAAAUGUAUACUCAGAACAACGUCCAGUCAUAUCCAGUAGGUGGUGAUGAAGAAUCUGAAAGUGAUGAAUAUUAAAAGCCAUAUUGAGUAUUUUGGUGUACACAGUGCAGUGUUUCCCGUGAAACAUCUCAUACAGAAAUAUGUUUUAGGUGUUCUGUACUUUUAAUGGUGAAAUAGUAAAAAACCAAAGGUAUAUUAUUUAUUUCCCAUGGUUAUAAUGCAGAUUGCCAACUGCCUUAUAAAGAGAAAAUAGCUUUUAUAGGGGGUUUGUAUAGUGAAAACUUUAUUUUAUGUAUUUAAUUUUAAUUAUAAUACAGUAUAUUUUUGAUUAACUGUGUAGUUAAAUCUGUAUAAACAUUUGAAUCCAAACUAUAAUUUUCUAUAUCUUAUUCAUGGACAAUGACAUAAGAUUUUGUAGUUUGGACUCAUUAGUGGGUAAUGAGUUCUUGACAGUAAAAUGCUUCUAUUAAUUAUUCCUUUGAUUAGAAAAAUGUGAAGUUCAAAGUGUACACAGCCUAUCCAACUCUCAGCUCUAUUAAAUGUACUGUGCGCUUUGAAGCACAUUCACAAGAGAUAAAGUCUAGAAUUAAGACAGCACUUUAUUACCAGUUGCUCAGCUCAGGGUCAUACAGUGCCAUCAAUUUUAGUUUCUUUUCAGAGCUCCCCAGAUGAUUCCAAAGGUGAGCUCUGCAUAAAACUGAUGGCAUACUGAGACCUUACGGUAAGAAAAUAAAACUUUUUAAAACAAAAAUUGUUUUCAGACAUAUCAGUGAUUGCUAAAAAAGUUAGAGCAGUACCCAUCCUUCAGAAACACGUUUUAACUCCAGUCUCUUGCUGGCUCAUCCACUAAAGGGUAUUGUCAUAGCUUCAGAAGAAACUGGAUUUGCUCUCACACAGGAGAUACUAUGGUUUCCAUCUGAUGUAUGAAGGAAUGCUGGGCAAGUUUCAAGUCAGGAACUCACUUUGGAUAUAUAGGGAUGAAUUGAAAGGCCAGUGUUUGUUGGCUGUUAAUCUAAAAUAGCACUAGGCCAACUAAGAAAACAAAAGAUAAGGUCAAAAUCUGUAUGCGUCCCCCCCCCUCACCCUUUGGGGAUUACAGUUGUAUCAGAGUGAAAUUGGGUUAUAAAACUACAGCUGUUGUAAAUAUAGAUGUAGCUCCACUGAAUUCAAUUCAGCUAUGCCAAUUUCAACCAGCUGAGGAUCUGGCCAAGGACAUGUAAAUAUACAACAAAACCAAAGUUAAAACAUUGCCAUUACUUUUUUUGCCCUGUAAUGUAGUAUUAGCUAGCCAGACAGUCUUGGUGCUGGGAAAACUGGACAGAAGAGUAUUUGAUAUCGCCUGCUAAAAUUAUUUAUGUACAAGUGAGCUAUUAUACCUUCAAGAAGCGUUGACAUUUACAAUUUUUAUAUUCAGAUUUUAUUUUUGUCAUCUCAACUUUAUUUCAGGUACUACUUACACAUUCAUUUCAGGAUUUUUAUGAUUAGUUAAGAUCACUGCAGUACCACAGUAUUUACAUUUAACAUCUUACUUGCAGGGCUCAACUUCGGUAGCUUUGACUAAAAACUAUUUUACACUGAUUUGCCUACAUGUCUAGAAAUUUUGUUUGUAUGUUUCUUCUAUUUGAAAAUGAAGUCAAAUUAUAAAUGUAUCCAAAAUAAUGGAAAAGUAACAAAUAGCUCAUUAUCAAUACCUCUAGUUAUUUGAUGAGACUAAAUCUAAUGCAAUGAAAAUACUGCAUUAGACAAUCUACUUAUGACUGAGAAAAAUCAAACUUCUAAAGUAAACACUCAACAAAAAAUUGAAGUAUGUUUUUUAAUCUAGUAGUUUUUGUUUGUAAAUUAAAAUCUUUAUGUGCCUUCUUUCAUGUAUCAGCAGAUGUUUUAUGUACUACAGCAGAUACUCUGUGUUUACAUAUGGUUUUGUAAAGCGUACACAGUAUGGUCAGAAAGUAUGGAAAUGCUGUGAAUCAAAUCUCAAGUAUUGCUUUGUUGAUAAUUAUGCAGUAAGACUACAUAGAAUAAAUAAAUAAAAAGUAAUCUAAAAUAAAUUCAUGAUUUAUUGCAACACAAUACGGAAACUCUCUCACCAUUUUCUAUUCUGUUAUGGUUUGCACACACCAAGAAGUGGAAAGAAGGUAACCAGAAUUUAUCAAAAGCAACAUUCAAUUCAUACCUAGUCUAUUUAUGAUUUCUAACAGGCAGGUUAAACGUUUCCAUGCCAGGAGACAAGAUGCCUGUGUAUAACCUGCUAAUGUAAAAUGAGGUCACAAGCAAUCUGACAAAUGAUUUUUGAUCCAAAUUUUAAUUUUUGUAAACUGUUCUAAUAAUAAUGCAGAAAGAUGUAGAAGGGAUUACUAGGCAUACAGGUCACUGUUCAUACUGAAUGGACAUAUGUAAGUAAGUGGAAGUUAUGAGGCCACACCACAGCAGGAAUUGACUUCUUGCAAAGUAUGAAGGAUCAGAGCAGAGUCUUUGACAGAGUCUGAAAAUUGACUUAAGCUAGUAACUAAUUUUGCAUGUGGCUGUCUUUUAUUAUAUUUUACUGAUGCAACAGCGAUGAUAACAUUUCUGUAGUUUCCGACACACUUGAAAUACAAGAAAAUGAUUCCUUCUAUGCCCGACAAAGUAUUUGGAGGACAAACAUUUUUAAUACAACAGAGACAGAGAUUUGGCAAGUCUGUCACCAGUUCCUUCAGUCCACCGCAUUGGUUGCAACACCAACUAUAUGUAAUCUGCCAUGCAGAGCAAUAUCCCUUCUAUGGAGUUUUCUUUAAUAGAAGUAGUUUGUAUUUUCAAGAUUAGCAUUUUUUUAAAAAUAGCUUCAACUGUGAUAUUUAACAGUGAAUCUAGCUGCAUGACUAGGUAAUGGUAGAUAUGAAAUUCAUGUUUUGAUCACUGAAAUGAGUGAGAAGUGUGGCCUGCAGAUUAUGACUGUUCAUUUGGGAUUUGGAUUUUGCAAUGUGUAAUGGGACAGUAAAAUAGAUUAUUAGCAUUUUUCAUGGCCUUGAAAUUUGUUUCCAAACAAUUCUUUGCCUUAAAAUGUUAUAUCAUACAAAUUUGUAGAUCAUUUAAAAAAAAAAAUCAAACUUCAGCCGAAGGAAAGUAGUAAGUCUUUUACUUUGUUUUUGUGAACAUUUCUGGUUGAUAUCAAUUGUUCAGUAGAAUUUAUUGCCCUGAAGUUGGAUCUAUAAUACUAACAUUUAAAUUUUAAUUAGCAUACAGUACAUUCAUCUGGAUGAAGUACAAUCAGCAAUUGCAUUCAUCAGUGUACUGUUUAAAUUCAUAUUUAGAUAACAUAAGUUGCUACAUUUAAAAGAUUAUAUGGAGAAAAAAAGGUAGAAAGUCCUGUUCACUGGAUUUAUUUUUUACAUUUUUCUUGAUCAAUUAAGAAUUUUAAAAAAAGAAUGAAAAUUAAGGGAGACAUUCACAUUGCUAUACAAAUUCCAAGUAAAUGAGCUUUGUGGGAGAGACCCAUGAGGAGAGAUUCAGGCAGUCAGCUCAGUCCUCUUCAAGCAAGGAGCAGAAUGCAGAACAAGCGGACUACGGCUCUGUGUAUCCCCUCAUUGUGGGGUUUCUAGUCAGUGUAUCCAAACAUAUCAUAGCUGUGCCCUGUCACUGCGCCUCCAACUCACACAUAUCCCAUGGGAACAAUGGAGACCCUCUGUAUGGCCCCUCUCUCUCUCCCUUCCCCCCACCCAUACACUAGAUCCAUGAAAAUUCUGGGUUCUGUACUUUGGGUCUUCUGUGGCCAUGGAGGAACAGGUGGAUUUAAUCUCAAAUCAGUAUUAACAACCCAAUGGUAACUCAUGGCUGUAAUUAUAUUUACCUUUAACCACAUGGGAAACUUUGAAAAACAUUCUGUUUAGGAAUAAUUCUGCUGCUGUCAUUUAGUGUCUUUUUCUAUCCCUAUUUCCCCUAAAAAUAUUUGCUGCUUAGUAGCUUAUUUGCUGUGCUCCUCCUCCUCCUCCUCCUGUAGUUCUAAAUGUCUAUUUAUGACAAAGUACACAUUUCAGGAGAAUACAGAUGGGGAAUUAGCAGGAGGAGCAAAUAAAGUGAGUUAGUAAACUGCAAGAAUUCUAUUUAAAAAAAUGUUACAGGAAGAAAAAAUAUAGGAUAGAUCAGAAUUAUUCUUAAACACAGUGAGUCAGAUUGUUACCAUCAAUAGACAUAGUAGUAGUUGGACAGAGCCCAGAAGUCUUAAUCAAGGAUGAGUCCUGCUAUUCUAGGCAUGCUGCAAACAUUGAUAGAGUUACACCAUGUAUUUAUUUGGCCCAAUGAUUUUGAAAAACUUCCAUAUUUUUUAAAUUGUGCUGAAUGUAAUUAAAAUGCAUAUACUAAAUACAGAGAAUGCAUUAAAGGCUUAUACAGCAAUCAGUAAUUUUACUUUUCUAUAAACAUGCAUUCUCCCCACCCCCUAAUAGGUACUGCGCUUUCUAAAUCAUCAUACCUUAAAGAGCAAUAUUUUUAAAAUAUUGCAUUGCAGUAGUUUAACAGUGCAAAGAAGUAACUGAUAAUUUAGCAAAACUAUUUUAUUAAAGCUUGUUCUCAUGAUAAAAUCAUAGCCAACAAAAUCAUAUCAGGCAGAGUUUCUGUAAAUAUUUGUAGCUGCCACCUAGCUACAUAUCACUAAGUCAAAUAUAUUCUCAUUUUCUGUGGUAUUCUUUAUUUUCAGCUAUUUACAGGAAAGCAAAGAUUACAUUAGGAAUGUAGUAUUACAGCUUCUCCUCAAGAGUCAGUGUUCAUUGUAAUUAAUGCCAGAUAAGAUUGGUGUGUUUUCCUUAUCACUCAAAUACAACUCUUUCCCCUCCCCAUUCAACAUAUUUAUAAAUAUUGCACUACAGUUUUUAUGUUUUACAAUCAUCAUUAGCAGUGUUAUAUGAAGAAAAUUAUAUCCAGCUUUUCUUAUCCAAUGUAUUACACAAUUAUGUAAUUUCAAACCUUCAAUGUGCUUUUGUGAAAAAACAAAAUUUAUGUUACUUCUGCAGCUACUUCAUGCCUGGCGGAGUUUAAUGAUUUACUUGGAUAUAUUUGAACACUUUUAUGGUAAUCCAUAAUGAGUUAACACUGAUGGAGAUUUAGUCCAGAUUACCACCAAUGGUGAGCUACUCAAAAAUAAAAUGUGAAAGACGUAAUAUGGAUUUCAAUCAAGUAGACGGUUAAACAACUAUUUUAGUCAUUAAAGGAUUUUAUUUUGUGAGACUGUUUGCUGAAGCAGAAUUUUAAAAAGUGUAAUACAUGCCUAUUUGAGCAUGGAUAGUGUUUUCCACACAUCAGCUAAAUAAUCAUCAGGUAUCCCAAAACUUCACCAAAAAAGGGUGUUGCAUGAGUGCAAAUAAUUGAUUUUACUUAAAGGUACAAAUAGGUUUUUCCUGCUAAAACUAUUGUUUUUUUUUUGUCCCUCACAAAAUAAAUUGAGAGACAAAUUCAACAGAAUAUUAUGUUAGUGGCUGCCUGCCAAUUAAAAUCAUUU